UUCUCUUCGAUUACAAAUGUUGGGUGGGAAUUAAGAUCUGAUUUAAACUCUACACGAAGGAAUCCAGCUCGAAGAACUCCAGGUGAUCGCUUAGGAAAGGAUAUCCAGAAACAUGAGGUGGAUAUGGAUGUGGAUUGCGGUAGCGGCCACCCUUCCCGCUGCCACGCCGUGGAGGACGGACCGUAGUAAGCCAUGGCCAAAGUUAUACGGGGACAGAAUACCAACGAGAGUUCUCAUCCCAUCGACGAAGAAAGUUCAGAAGAAGAUAGUCCUCUACCACAACUUUUUCAGGACCCACGUAACUCCAACGGCGGCGAACAUGCUCGCCAUGAAAUGGCACAGGGGAGCCGCGAGGGCUGCUCAACGAUGGGCUGAAAGCUGCCUAGCCCUGACCCAUGACAACGCAACUGGGCUUCACAUCGACGCCUUCGGUACCUGUGGACAAAACAUCUUCAUCUCGACUGCGCAAGUCCCAUGGUUCUUCGCGAUCAAGACGUGGUAUCUGGAGAAGCAGCUGUUUAAAUAUGGCACCGAGGCCCAGAACGACCUCGGUAAGAUAGGACAUUACACCCAGAUGGUCUGGGCGCCAACCCAUCGAGUGGGUUGCGGAUGGGCCAAAUGUCCCGGAAAAACGGGGCCCGGUGGAAGGCCCUACUUCAGCUACGUCUGCAACUACUGCCCAGCAGGCAAUCAUCCCAAGCGACUGAGCACGCCGUACAUCGAAGGACCGUCGUGCAGCGCUUGCAAGGAUCACUGCCGUCUGGGAAAGCUGUGCAAAAAUGCAUGUCCUUGGGCUGAUCUCUGGGCAAAUUGUCAGCAACUGAACGAUACCUGGCCAAACUGGCUUUGCGAAAGCAACACGCAGCAGGGCCAUGAACGACGGCAAUUUUGCCGAGCUACUUGCAAAUGUCGCGACAAGAUAGUGUGAGCGAAUAAUGAGGGAAACGCGAGCUUUUCGUACGGCCAGGUGAUGAGGUCC